UAUAAAUAGCUGAAAUGGGGAAAGUCGAAUACAUUAGCUCUCUGCUUGUUGCAGUGAACAGUUGUAACGUUAGUGAUCUGUUUGUUUAUAUCCAAAAGUUACCCAAUAAUGUCUGGUCGUGGGAAAGGAGGAAAAGCUAAAGCUAAGGCGAAGUCUCGUUCGAACAGAGCUGGACUGCAAUUUCCAGUUGGUCGUAUCCACAGACUUUUGAGAAAAGGAAAUUACGCUGAAAGAGUCGGUGCUGGAGCUCCAGUUUAUUUGGCUGCAGUUAUGGAAUACCUGGCUGCUGAAGUUCUCGAAUUGGCGGGAAACGCCGCACGAGAUAACAAGAAAACUAGAAUUAUUCCGAGACAUUUACAACUUGCAAUCCGCAAUGAUGAGGAAUUAAAUAAACUUCUGUCUGGUGUUACCAUUGCGCAAGGAGGUGUUCUUCCAAAUAUUCAGGCUGUACUUCUGCCAAAGAAAACUGAGAAAAAGGCUUAGGCUGCAGACUAAUAACAAAAUGGCCCUUUUCAGGGCCACAAA